GCUGCAGCUCUUUCCUUAAGUCUGGCCAUCUGUCACCUGCGUUGCUUCCUAGGGACAGAUAGUCCACCUCCAUCGCUCCAGAGACCUGAUGUCAGCUGCGUGAGGAAGGGGGGACUCGCCUUCUGCGGCCAAGCUGGAAGAGGAAGAGCUGCCCCUGUGGAGUGGAGGACUGGACAUGUCUGAGGCUCUGUCCUGCUCCAGCAAUGAGACCCCUGCCCCAGACUGCCUGCUGGGGGCCCUCUACUGGGCCUGUGUUCGAAACGACUCUGCCCAGCUUCAAGCCACGCUGGAUGAGGGGGUCUCCCCAGAGGAGGCCACCCAGGUGGAUGGCAACGGGAGGACAGGCCUCAUGGUCGCCUGCUACCACGGCUUCAGGAGUGUUGUGGCCCUACUCAGCCGCUGUCCUUUCCUGGAUGUGAACCAACAGGACAAAGAAGGAGACACAGCCCUCAUGCUGGCUGCCCAAGCAGGUCACGUGCCUCUGGUGAGUCUCCUGCUCAACUACUACUCAGGCCUGGACUUGGAGCGGCGAGACCAGCGGGGGCUAACAGCGCUGAUGAAGGCUGCUGUUCGGAACCGCUCUGAAUGCGUGGCUGCCCUCCUCAUGGCAGGUGCUGAUCUGACAGCAGUAGAUCCUGUUCGGGGCAAGACUGCCCUGGAGUGGGCGAUGCUGACCGACAGCUUCGACACGGUGCAGAGGAUCUGGCGGCUGCUGCGGCGGCCCCACGUGGAGCAGCUCAGCCAGCAUUACCAACCGGAGUGGCCAGCCUUGCCCAGGCUCGUGGCCCAGGCCAAGGGCCACGUUGCCCCAUCUAUCCUAGAGAGAUUACAGGCCUCCUUGAGCCUCCUCUUUGUUCAGUCUCCUCAGGAAGGAGGUGUCCUCGACCACCUUGUGACCAUCACGACCAGCCUAGCCAGUCCCUUCCUCACCACUGCCUGCCACACUCUGUGUCCUGACCGCCCACCUGCACUGGGAACCCGAAGCAAGUCUGUGCCAGAGCUGCUAGGCACUGCUCCUCCCCCUCCUCUGGUACCCCAGCCCCUACAGGUAGUCCCUGGCCCCCAGGAUCUCACCCCUUACCAGAGUCCUCAGAGUGUGUUGAGCAUGUGCUCUCAAUGGUUACAGCCUAGGGACAGUACCAGUCCCAAGCUCCAAGUCCCCAAGAUCCUCCUCUCCAAGGCGCCCUCAUCUCCCAGACAAUGCAAACCAGAGCUCAGGCCUGCUGGGCAUCGCAGGCUGGCCCUCCCUAUCUGGCGAUACCAGGAGCUCAGGAUGCAGAGGAGGAGUCAGGAGGAGGCCAGGUAUGCACAGAGCUAG